UCUUUCCAUCUAUAUCUUACCCUUCACCAUUCAAUUCAUUCUUAACAACAAUACUCUUAAGGAUAUAUAUCUUUCUUCACUUUAAUUAAUUAAUCUCCUUCACCUCACUACUCAAAACAUACUUAUCUCUUUUAAUUAAUUUGUGUUAAUCAAUUCUUUCAAAGAUGGUGGUUUGUUUGGAAUCUCGUACCGGAAGGGAGUUGCAAAGAUACAAUAACAUGGGUGGUCGACAAGUUGUAGGAUGCAUACCUUAUAGAUACAAAGAAGACAUAGAUGGUAAUAUGAGCAAUGAAUUGGAAGUGCUAGUAGUUAGUUCACAGAAAAGUCAAAGACUAAUGUUUCCUAAAGGAGGAUGGGAACUUGAUGAAUCUGUAGAAGAAGCAGCUUCAAGGGAAUCCCUUGAAGAAGCAGGAGUCAUAGGAAAACUUGAGUGUGAAUUGGGGCAAUGGAAUUUCAUUAGCAAAAGAUAUGGCAUAUACUAUGAAGGGUACAUGUUCCCCUUAUUUGUGAAGGAACAACUUGAUCAAUGGCCUGAGAAAAAUGUUAGGAGAAGAGUGUGGAUGACUGUUGCUCAAGCUAGAGAAGUUUGUCAACAUUGGUGGAUGAAGGAAGCAUUAGAUAUAUUGGUUCAAAGACUCAUUUCUUAAGAUCAAUAAAAGAAAGUGAUGUAGCAUUGGAUUAUGAUUCUUUAUAUUUUUUGGAAAAACAAGUUUACAAGUUCGGUCUAAAGUUAGGAAAAUUGCAUUAAAGAUUAUAGAGAGGAUUAAUUAGGGACAAAAAACAGAAUUGUAGAGAAAGAUGUAGCAUUGGAUUAUGAUUCGUUGAUUCUUUGUAUAUUUUUUUUGUACGUACUUCAACCAUAUAUAUUAUAAGGAACUUUGAGAAAA